ACCUUCGUCCCUCCCACGUCCGCGUCGUCCCCAAGUAAUGUUCAUGGGGUAAAUGUCCCGUCGAGAAUGCCCAAGGCGACGAAUCAUAUUUUUCUUUCUUCGCUCUCGCCACAGUCGCUUGGACUACGACGCGCCGUCGUUCCAAGCAAACUGCAGUGUGCGCUGGUACCACUCUUUCCCAGUCCCGUUUUCGUUUGACCCCGUCUGUGGCAAAGCAGGACGCCUGUUCUCUCGACCCAACUCCGUGCCUCUCUGUCGAUUGCCCUUAUCGCGGGAGAGGUUGCUUACCGCCUACCAACUUUUCCCUAACGUGAAGCAAAAUGGCGUCCAAACCCAUUGAAGAAUCCCGGUCGCAAAAACGGAGUGCCUUCUCAGACAUCUUCUGUUGUUGCACUCCUAAUGAAGGGGCUAUCGUGCCCAGUGACCCAAUGGUCUCCACCAGUGCUCCAGCACGCACCAGUGCUCCAGCGCGCUCCAGUGCACUUCAAGACUACGGCAAGGGCAAGGGCCGUAUUGAGCCCAUGUAUAUCCCCGACAACACCUUCUACAACGCUGAUGACUUUCUUGUGCCCCCCCACUGCAAGCCCUACAUUGACAAAAUCCUCCUCCCUGGUGGAUUGGUCAAGGACAGAGUUGAGAAGUUGGCGUAUGACAUCCACAGAACUUACUUCGGCGAGGAGUUGCACAUCAUUUGCAUCCUGAAAGGCUCUCGCGGCUUCUUCAACCUUCUGAUCGACUACCUUGCCACCAUACAGAAGUACAGUGGUCGUGAGUCCAGCGUGCCCCCCUUCUUCGAGCACUAUGUCCGCCUGAAGUCCUACCAGAACGACAACAGCACAGGCCAGCUCACCGUCUUGAGCGACGACUUGUCAAUCUUUCGCGACAAGCACGUUCUGAUUGUUGAGGACAUCGUCGACACCGGUUUCACCCUCACCGAGUUCGGUGAGCGCCUGAAAGCCGUCGGUCCCAAGUCGAUGAGAAUCGCCACCCUCGUCGAGAAGCGCACAGAUCGCUCCAACAGCUUGAAGGGCGACUUCGUCGGCUUCAGCAUUGAAGACGUCUGGAUCGUUGGUUGCUGCUACGACUUCAACGAGAUGUUCCGCGACUUCGACCACGUCGCCGUCCUGAGCGACGCCGCUCGCAAAAAGUUCGAGAAGUAAACCCUGCAUAUGUAGAAAAGUUGUAACGUUAGUAAACGUAACGCACGGGUAUAAUAGCCAUUUAAUGGCGCCGUAUAUUUUUCACUCCCCCUCUCCGAUAGGAGGAAGAAAGACGAUCCGUCUGCGAAUGUAUAUUACAUCGACCGGCCAUAGUACGAGAAGUGGUGCCGGUACUGUUCUGUCCGGGGGAUGUACCAUCCUAUUUUUUGUAUAUGUCGUUCUUGUCGGGGAGCAACAGCCCAUCUUCCGGCUAUUGUCUCGUAUCAGUUGUGAAACAGACUGCGUUUUGCCGAAAAUGAGUCCUAUGUCCGAUGGCUAUUUGUCCCGCUUCGUACCAUUUCGCUUGUCAGCUGUAAUCAACCGAAUUCAUUUGGCGAGACAUGAUUCCGAUUAAAUUCUUUACUGCGCGUGCUC